AAAUGUUUCUGAAAACUAUUGAAGUGAUUGUCAAAAGUUUUGCGGAUGGCAGCACCGGAUGCGCCCCCGCUGGAUAAGUAAGUAUGGCCCAUCUGACGACGACAGUGGUGGCGCUGCGCCCCGGUUUUUUCCCUGCCUCUCUGGCCCCUCUUUUUCUUGUCCAUUCCCCGCGCGCGCUGCAAACGACACUCGUAUCCGCCAACGCCACUCGUUCACACCGAAGGUAACACAGAUCUCCAACUCGUUUUAAUCACUCUGGUUCAUCGCUACUAAAAUCGAAUUGCAUCGAUCGCUGGUCGAAAUGUUAAGCUUCACGAGCGUGUGAAAAUUUUGUCUAUCGGCCAAGCCGUUUAGAUUCAGUUGGGAUUUUUAGAACGAUACCAGAGUGCGACGACUUGUUGGACCCGCGCGCGUUUUUUCCCCAUUGUCCAUUGGGCGCCAAGUGCGCCGCCACCGUUGCUUUUCCAUCAUCCCCCACGACGAAUGUGUCAAAUCUUUGACGCUUUAUUUCUGCACUUUUUAAGUGUUUCUUUGUCAAGUGAUCGACAUCAACGCGUAGCAUUUUCAUUCCUCUAUCGAAUCCUGUAAGUAGAAUUGAAUCAAACUACAAUUUGUUCCAAUUAAACGGGUUUUUCUGCGAUGGCCUCAAGGCCUUGGACGUGGCCAUGGCCUCGUCUCGUGUCGGAAGCCGGUGGCGUUUCACUUUUAUUUUUUAAUGACAAGAAGCAAUUCGCUUUCGUUGAACUUGAUGGAUGUCACUUUCCCGAUGGACUAUUAUGCGUUUCCUAAAAUGGUUUCUUAAUUUUAAUCAUAUUGUUUCAGGUUUGACCAAAGGUGUAGAAGGAACUGACUGCCCUCAACUUAUUUCACUCUGUCUGAAUUUACUGGAAAAUGUCCAGGAGAGGAUGCAGAGUGACUAACAAGAGGGAAUCGCUACCAGGACAGAAGCUGCUACCUGUCAUCCUAAACCGAAAGCGCAAAUCUGAAACUCAUGUGGAGGAUUACGAGAAUGAUGUAAGGGGAAUGAGAGCAAGGCAACCAUGCCACCAGCAACAGGGAUGGGAGGAGAGUGCAGGAUGGGAGACAUCCAGUCAAUCAUCAUCAUCAGCUGCCAGCACUUCCACAUCAAACUUCCGUCGAUUGGCUGUUCCAUCGCAAGUUCUAACAUCGCGACUGAGUCCAUUUCCUAAAUUCAACUGGGCAGAUCCAGAUGAAGUUUGGAGUUCGUUGUGUCGCAAGGAUCGACUUUACAAGCGAAAUCACGACUACAUCCUGGCUCAUCCAUCUCUGCAGCCUCGAAUGAGAGCCAUACUUCUAGAUUGGCUAGUCGAGGUGUGCGAAGUGUACCGGUUGCAUCGCGAGACUUAUCAUCUUGCCUUGGACUUUGUGGAUCGUUACUUGGCUACUCAAAGUGACGUACCCAAGCAACAGCUCCAGUUGAUAGGUAUCGCAUCCUUGUUCAUCGCCGCCAAGAUUGAAGAAAUCUAUCCUCCCAAGUUAAACGAGUUUGCCUACGUCACUGACGGUGCGUGCAGCGAAGCAGAGAUUAUGAUGAAAGAACUGGUCAUUAUGAAAAGCCUCAAUUGGGAAUUGUCACCCGCCACGGCCAAUUGUUGGCUGGGAAUUUACAUGCAACUGGCCAACGCGCUUAAUGACAAGGAAGAAAUCGAAUCCAAAGAGAACAGUGGGAGCAAAAUGGAGACGAAACAAUUUUCAAGUCACACUUUUGUUCAAGCUGCUCGCCUUUUGGAUCUUUGCACAAUGGACAUUCUUAGCCUUCGCUAUCCGUACAGCGCCAUCGCCGCCGCUGCCAUGUACCAUGUCGUUGGCGAGCAAGUCGCUAUCGAAUGCUCUGGCUAUUCUUGGGAGGAUAUUUCUUCUUGCAUCUAUUGGAUGGCUCCAUUUGCUUUGACUCUGCGCGAAUCCGGUCCGGUGGAAAUCAAGACAUUUUCGCAAAUUCCUCUUGAGGAUACGCACAACAUCCAAACGCACAAUGUCGACCUCAGCAUUCUGGAAGCCGCUCAAAGCCGAUUGACAGAAUGUGGUGCGUCACCACCCAGUCCAGCGGUAGGGCCGCUGGGGAUGCUGACGCCUCCGCAAAGCAAGAACAAGGGUCGACUGAGCGCUCCACUUUCGCCGGUCAACAGCAACACCACUGCCAAUGCUGUUGUACUGACACCUUCCACCUUGAACUCGGAGAGCCCUCGAUGUUCCGUAAUGACCUCUGAGUGGAGUGACGAUAUUCAAUCGACCCAUUCGUAUUCAUAAUCAUUUUUAAUUCAUCGUUUUUAACGGGAUCAUUUUUGCGCGCGUUAUUGCUCGUUGUUCGAAGGGGCAUGGCUUCAAAAAAUCUUUUUUCUUUUUCGUUGUUGGAAGCUGGACGACCGCAAUAAGAGUGCCAUUCCUCUUUUUUUUUUUCCUUGUUACACAUAGAAAGAGAAAAGAUGUGGGAAACAUUUCCAUGUCACCGGUACUUAUUUGACGGAUUUAAUAAUUCCUUUUUUUUUUUUUCUCAUUUUCUUUUUAAAGGGAAAGGCAUUAUUAUUAAAAUCUUUUUCAUGAAAACCGAUUUAUGGGGGGUUAAUUCCUUUUAUUUUUGGUUUAUCAGAGAAUUAACGAAGCGCAUGCUAGUCUAGUCCUUUCAGUUGCAAUAAUGCCUUGGGUUGGGUGGGGUCGAAGCCAUUCUCAACUUGAACGCCGUACAGUUACCAUUCACAUCUCAAGGACGCCCUUUGCAUUUGAUUUCAUUUUUAUAUCAGCCGUUUUUUCUUUUUUUUUUUUUUUUUAUUACUUUUUCAUUUUUUUUUUUUUUCAUUUCAUUUUGUUUCGUUUCGAGAAAAAAGAACUGCCUAACCUAUUCGUCUUUUUUCGAAAGCGCAAUGUAUUUUAUGCGACUGACGACAUCGUCACUUCAAUUUUAGAUCCAUUUCUAGUACUGCAUACUUUUUGGUAAGUGUGUGUGACGAUUAACCUGCCCGUCACUUUUUUUUUACUUAGUGCCUAAUGCCUUAAUUUGAAUUGAUUCUCCCCCAUUUGAACGAAACAAUAAAGAUGUGCCAGACUUUGAACUAAAAGAAUGUUUAUGUCAGAAAACGACUUGAAAAAGAAAGUUGAAAGAGUUUGUGAACUCGAUUUGACAUCUGGACAUCUUUAUUCAUUCCUUUUCUCGUUUUAUCUGAAUUGUUCUCGCCCUUUUCUUGAAUCCAGCAUAUUGAACUGCCAUAUCUUGUACAUUUCUCCGUCAUGAAAUCACCAUCCAUUUUUACCAAUUUUCUUAAAUUUUUUUCCUGAAUAAUCCCAUUAUGAUUUUGCCAUGUCAUCACAUCAGUCUUAUCCCAAUUUUUGUCUCCCUAAGGUCAACAAAUAAACUAUAUUUCACUUACAAAA